GCACUUUGACAAGGACAAGUCUGGACGACUUAAUCACCAGGAGUUCAAGUCCUGCUUGCGCUCUCUCGGCUACGACCUGCCUAUGGUUGAGGAGGGAGAGCCGGACCCGGAGUUCGAGUCUAUUCUGGACACCGUGGAUCCCAACAGGGACGGGCACGUCUCGCUGCAGGAGUAUAUGGCAUUCAUGAUCAGCAGGGAGACGGAGAACGUCAAAUCCAGCGAGGAGAUCGAGAGCGCGUUCCGCGCCCUCAGCUCCGAGGGGAAGCCCUACGUCACCAAGGAGGAGCUCUACCAAAACCUGACCCGGGAACAAGCCGACUACUGCAUUUCCCACAUGAAGCCCUACAUGGACGGCAAGGGCAGGGAACUUCCUUCUGCCUACGACUACGUAGAGUUUACACGUUCGCUCUUUGUGAAUUGAUGCGGAACACUAGUGCCGAAAGGCGCGAAGAACACGCUCACGUUUGCUGGCUCUGGCUCUGCAUGUGUCUCCCCGUGCUCUACCGUACUCGAUGUUCCUUGAUGAUGUAACCUUAAACUGCUUAGCUUAAACCUCCUAGGGAAAACAAACGUAUUGCAGUGUGCUUCAAUAAAAGUUACUGGUCGAACCACA